AUAUAAUUACAUGGUAUAUAAACAUUAAAUGUACAAAUUUUUUGAAAUCACUUAUGAAAUGAAAUGGAUUUUGUUGUGUUUUUUUUAUUACAUAAUUGAUCACAUCAUUAAUUGAAUUACCCAUAUAUUACAUUCGGAAACGUUCAAGAUAUUUUUAAAAUAUUGUCAAGGAAGCUCAUUAUAAAGAAACGGUGAAAUUGUGUAUCAUAUGAUUAGUUCUCAUGUUUACUUACUGGGCGACUGGAGCUACCUUAGGUGUGCUGGCUAUAUUACUUGUUUUAUUCCUAUUACUUUUAUGUCUUCCAUGGCAUAAGUGUGAUCGAUACUGUUCUUGCUGUCGUUGUUGGCUUUUUAGUUCAAAUGAGAAUAUUCACAGACAGUCAGAUGAUGCAUUUCGUGCAGCCAGAAUGCCUGGAGAGUACCCUAUGCCAAUGUUUGACUUCAUACCACCAUCUGCUUUGCCCAAAUUACCAAACUACGAAGAAUGUUUAAAUACUGGGCCACCAGCGAAUGAUGAGGCUCCACCUCCGCCAACUCCACUUUCUUUUUAUUCAGUUAAUUCAAAUGGUCAAUCAGCUUUACGUCUUACUAUCCACAGUCAACCCGAUCUAGUUGCUCAUAAUCGCAGUUCCCAAGCACUUGCUAGUCCUUUAUCCACACCUCCACCGACUUAUUCGUCAACUUGUUUGCAAAGGCCAUCAACGAUGAGUCGAACAGGUGAAGAUACAUCUAGAAUAGUUGAGAACUCAUCUCAUACAACAUCAAGGCAAUUAUCGGUGGACCGUUAA